AUGAAGACAGUAUUGAAUUAUUGCAAGUCUUUCCACAGUGUUUUCAAACGAGAUGUGAAGAAAACCCGAAAUCUUCAAAGACAAGCCGCCCAAAGCCUUGUGAACCAGAAGAUUCUGAACUCAACCUGGCGCGAAUCGCCACCGUCACAGUGUCGCCAGAUGAAGCAACUUGCGCAAAAAUGCCGUCCGAAGAUGGAAAAGACGAAUCAAAAUACUGCGGCUAUUACAAUCAAGGCUCGUGUUCGAUUUGCCAAAAAGAUGCCUCAAGAGCUAUUAGUGAAACUGUCCAAGUAUGAUUACAUUGCAGACGAAAGAAGUGGGUACACAAAAGAGUACCAAAUAAAUAUCACCCUGGAUCUCAAGCGCCUCGUCCUACUCACUAGCGAUAUAAUUAUCACAUUUACGGAGGCAAAACCGGCGGAGAUGGUCGUCGAGAAAAGCUCAAACGAUGGCGUUUCCUGGUCCCCGAUCGAAUUCUUCUCAAGAAACUGCUCGAAAAUUAACGGUCUUUACGAGAACGAAUGGAGCAGCAAAUUCGGCAGCUCGAUUUGGAAGAGGCCGAAUUGCAGCGAGGACGUAGCGUCCUGGGAUGCAAUUUCGACGGGAAGGGACUUGACGGUGCACAUCGCGGACAAAAUCAGGGCCAUGCGAGGUUGGUCAGUUGCUCAGGAAAACGCGACAAAUACAGUCUCUUAUCAAACUGCCUAG